AUGGAAGUGUCGAGAUUACCGCUAUCAGCGUCACAGAGAGGGAAGCUGAUAUACGCAGGCUACACUUCUCUCUCUUCACUUUCCUCUGUCUCCUCCUCCGAACUUGCUCGAGAUCUAAAUGUUUCGGAGACUGAAGCACUUGAGAUUCUGAAGGUUGCAUCAUAUAGUGGUUGGUUGGACGGCACCAGUGGAAGUCAUGCUAUUGUCAAUGGUGCACAGACUGCCUGGGACAUGCUGCAUGAGGAGGAAUUGUUGAGACGCAUUACCACAUCUUCUGCAGAUUUGGAUGACAUUCUGGGUGGAGGCAUAAGUUGCAAAGAAGUCACUGAAAUUGGUGGAGUACCUGGCAUCGGUAAAACACAACUGGGGAUUCAACUUGCAGUGAAUGUUCAAAUUCCUGCUAAUUAUGGUGGUCUUGGAGGCAAGGCUAUUUAUAUAGAUACAGAAGGCAGCUUUAUGGUGGAACGUGUUUUACAAAUUGCGGAAGCAUGCCUGGAAGACAUGCUAGACUAUGAUGUUCUUCUGCAUAAGGGUGUUCAAGCUUGUCAAGUUAAAAUGCAGCCUAAGGAUUUCCUUGCCAAUAUAUACUAUUUUCGCAUCUGCAGUUACACAGAGCUGAUUGCCGUGAUAAAUUAUUUAGAAAAGUUCAUCUCAGAGCACAAAGAUGUUAAGGUUGUCAUUGUGGAUAGCAUAACUUUCCACUUCCGUCAAGAUUUUGAAGACAUGGCUCUUAGAACUCGACUACUAAGUGGAAUGGCCUUAAAGUUGAUGAAGCUUGCUAAAAAGUUUACUUUGGCGGUGAUUCUGUUGAAUCAGGUGACCACUAAGUAUUCAGAAGGUUCAUUCCAUUUAACUCUCGCACUAGGUGAUAGUUGGUCGCAUGCCUGCACCAGUCGGCUCAUUUUGUACUGGAACAGCAAUGAACGAUAUGCAUAUAUUGACAAGUCUCCCUCUCUUAGAUCUGCAUCCUCACCAUAUUCUGUGACAGGUAGAGGCAUCCGGAACUCCACUUCAAACUGUAAACGAAUCAAAAUGAUGUGAUUUUUCCACUUAAAUGAGGGGGAGGCUACAUAUAAGUUUCCAUCUUGUUUCUUUUGCUUGGAUGAUACAUAUCAAUCAAUGAAUGUCUCUCUGCCGAUAAAGGCAGUCCUUGCCAACUGGGCUAGACUUUGGCUUUCAAUAUGCAUUUGAAUAACAUUUUGCAACUGUCCCAAUAUGUGAACCAUAAAAAAAAAAAAAAUUCAAAUCUUGGUUGUUUGAAAUUUUUUAAUAUUGAGGAUACUCCUUCAUAGUCAAGAGAUUAAGUGGAUGUAAACUUUCAAGGAA